UUAGUUCUGAAUCUGCACUUUAUUCGAAAUUCCCAAAUUAUCUUGAGUAGCUUUAGAACCUCGGAGGGGAAUGUCAUUGCUUGGUAUCCAGAAUAAGGAAUAUGUUUCAUUAUGAAAUUAUAGGAUAUAUAAUAUAUACAGAAAUCUUAUUAGAGGUUCAGAUUAGUAUCUAUGCAAUAAUUCUGAUCUAUAGCAUUUAAAUUUUUAGUUACAUCUAUAUAUGUAUGUAUCCCUGAUAUUCCUUGGGUUGAUUAAUUAGAGCUUUACAGGGACAGAACUCACCAUAGGCUUUUGGGGGCUGCUUCAGGGGAGCCAGCCCAGAGUUUUGGAAGAAGAAAAGGGUUACCUAGGUCUAUAUAUAUAAAAGCCCUUAACUUUCCCUUUUACUAAAUCUCUCUAAUAGUUUGAAAUCUCUAUUGAUUACCAGUCUCUAGUCCAUUAAAUUCUCUGAUCAAUCUCAUGCCCUGGGACUAUUUUUAACUAUUGGCGUCAUGAAGAAUGCAUCUGAGUUGAUUUUUUUUUUUUUUAGUUCAAUCUGCUGCACCUAAACAAUAAGAAAGAACUGCCACCUCAAUCUGGUCUGAAAAGACUAAGUUUGAGUGUUGGAAUCUGUGCCUUUGUUGUUGGGUUGGCAGAUGCGAUGGAAGUGAUGGUGAAGAAAUACCAGCAUAGGUUCAGGAAUGUGAGGGACGAGAUGGAUUGUUGGGACAAGCUUCAAGUUCUCUUAGUUUCUCAGUUCAGAAACGCCUCCACCAUCAUCCAGAGGUUGCAGGUUCUUCAAGAUUCCAAAAACUAUGGUGGCUUGAAUGAACUUGUUGAUAUUCAAGAGGUGGUCUUGGUGAAGCAGAUGGAGUCUUUGCAAAAACUCUUGCUUUCCAUGAAAAAUACCAUGGAAGAGUUUCACUGCAUUGUAAUGUCUCUUGGGAGGAUUCAUCGUGAUGGUAGGCACAUGAUAAAAGGUGGUUCUAGUCAGCUGAGUACAAAACAACUACAGCAGCGAGUUGGUGUAAAACCCACUCUUGCAGAUUGCUUAGAUGGGCUUAUGCUUCUCCAGGACAUGCAUUGCUCUGAUACCAGUGAUUUGAGUUCGCUGCAGCAAAUCUUGAUUGACCAGCCUAACAUUCCCAGGGAAGAAGUUCAAUUUGUCUUUGAUAUCAUAUUUGCACAAGAGAAUUGUUGAUCCUUUAUGUCACAUGAUUGCAAAACUUCCCUAGCUCUGGAAAUGGGAACUACUUUAAGAGCAGAACCUCUGGGUAUCAAAGAGUGAAGAGAUGACAUAGGGUUCUUGUAUUCUGGUACAGACGAAGACGAAGUGCACAAGAUGUAAUAUCCAUUAAAGAGAUGGAGCAUGCAAGUAAUUUUUUUUUUUUGGUUAUAAGGGGCCUAAAAGGCAAAAACAAGAGCAAAAGAAACAAAUUAACUAGAAGACCUAUCAGCAGGUCUAUUACUGGACUUUCUAACUCUAGCAACGGAGUCCAUAUCAUCUAAAUAAGCUUGCAAGACAUGAGAGGGAGGGUCUUCAAAUUCAACAGUUCCAUAGUCAUGGGUGAUGCUAUUGUUUACAAGACAAUCAACAACAACAUUGCAUUCUCUAUAAAUGUGCUUCAGAGACACAGAUUGCAACUAAGCAAGCAGGUUUUUGCAGCAAGAGAUAAGGGAGCCAAGGCCCAAAGGGAUGCAAGGAUAUAUCACUGAAGACAUGUAGCCAAGAUGGCAGAAUGUAAUGAUAUUUUGAUUGCCCCAGAAAGCUUGUGGAUAUUUGUCAUUUAUAGUCGUCUAUAUACUUAUGGAGGCCCUUCCCUAGGAGAUUCUUUUCAUUUCCUCAUUUUAAUGGAUCAUCCUCGAGACCCAUUUUUCAUCAAAUUUCAGUGAUCCGACCAUUCAAGAUCUACCAUUAGUAGAUCAUUUGAAUCGA